UUCAAAACCCGACCCCGCCGACACUCACUCACACACCCGCCGCCGCCGCACAGAGACACAGAGACACAGAGAGAGGACACAGCGCGCAGCUCAGCUCUCAGCUCUGAGAGGAACAGUGUGAUAUCAGCCCUGAGGAGAACACAGGUGACAUGAAAAUGUCAAACUGCACAACAAGGAAAAGAAAACACCCUUCUCCAGAUUCUGGAAGUAACCCAGCAAAGAAGAAAAUCUUGAGACAGGACGAUUACCCAAGGAGAAUGUCCCAACGGCAUAAGGAGAAUUGCCCGUCUCCACUAAAAUCUCCAAAAAGGAGGGGUGCUCUCUCACAAUCCCCACGCACACCUAAAAAGAUGCAGAGGGCUUAUGCAUUGGAAUCCCCACCUAAAAAAGCCUCACCACUGAAAGCAACAGUGGUAGCAGGAACCUUUUACAGCAAACAGAAGCCACUGUAUCUGACGCCUCUUGAAAGAAAGCAAUUGAAUGAGGCAAAAUCGCCUCCACUGAAAACCAACAAAGAUCUGUCCAAUCUUUCUGUUCCUGAAGCAAAGCCAAUCAAGACUAACAAGCGUGGAAAGAAGGCUACUGUAAAUGUUCAGAAGUCAAAUUUGAAAGGCUAUUUUCCAACCAAGCUGAACUGCAGCGCUUCCUCCAACCCAGAUUCAGCCUUGAAGGUGGUGGAGAUGAAGAAACCAGCCUCCCUUUCGUUCAGCAGUUUAAAAUCCAAAAACAAGCCCAGGAUUGUUGUGGGUGCUGCUUUCUUUGGUACUGGUAAAAAGCCCACUUCUAUGUAUAAGGCACAUGUACAGAAGCCAAGGCCCAAACAGCCUGCAAGCUUACAGAAACCUACCUCGGAGAAACCUACGAUGGAGAAAGAAGUGCCUGCAGCACCACAGGACCGAUCUCCAGUGCGCAAGGCUGUUUUCAUCAGUAAGCCAAAGCCAAAUAGCCAGGUGUCAUCAAACAGUGCUGCUCAUGUUGCUGCCAAGUGUACCGAACCUGCAAAAUUGAGUCCUCAGCCACAGAGCCCUUCAGGCAUUACCAAGGAAUUAAGAGUCGUUCUGAGGAAAUCUGUGUCUCCUAUUAAAUCCAGCACUUCGAAUGAAAACAUACAGAAUUCACCCACAAAGUCUGGUUCUGACAGUUUGUUAGACCUCAGUGAAAUUACCCCUUCAAGCCAUGACAGCUGUUCAGAUAAUGAAUCUUCAGCUGUAUACCCAAUUUUUGGUUCCAGAAGGUCUCAGAAGAAAGGUUUUCAGUCUAACCCCCUGAACUGCAGCACUCCGUCUGCCCUCAAUGGCACAUCAUCUCUUGUGGCCAAAGAGAGGAGUGCCAGGCGAAAGAAGGACUUGAAAAAACAAAAUGAUGAUGAUCAGUUGAUCAUUGAUGCUGGCCAGAAGCAGUUUGGGGCCACCACAUGCGAAGCCUGUGGAAUGCUGUACAGUGUGGACAGUCCAGAGGACAAUUUCCAGCACACACAGUUCCACCAGCGCUUUUUGGACACCAUCAAGUUUGUGGGCUGGAAGAAGGAGAGAGGUAUGGCAGAAUUCUGGGAUGGAAAAAUCAUUUUGGUCCUUCCUGAUGAUCCUAAAUAUGCAACUAAGAAGGCAGAGGAUGUGAGGCGCAUUGCUGAUACAGAGCUGGGCUUUCAGCAGGUUAGCCUUAGCAGUCCAAAGGCUGCCAAAACCUAUUUAUUCAUCAACAGUGACAGAAUGGUGGUUGGCUGUGUGGUUGCUGAGCCUGUGAGACAGGCCUUCAGGGUCCUAGAGCAACCAGAGAAGCCAAAAGAUAUGACCAAAGAAGACUUCAUGGAGCGACACAGAGCCUGGUGCUGCUCCACUGUCCCAGAGAAAGCUAUUUGUGGAAUUAGCCGUAUCUGGGUCUUCAGCAUGAUGAGGAGAAAGGGCAUUGCAACACGCAUGUUAGACACAGUCAGGAAUUCGUUCAUGUAUGGAAGUCACCUGACCAAGGAUGAAAUUGCUUUCUCUGAUCCCACCCCGGAUGGCAAGCUCUUUGCAACAAAGUAUUGUGGCACACCAACUUUCUUGGUGUACAACUUCUUAGGCUGACUGGCAUAGUCUGUUUUACAACUGAUGUAUUCUAUCAGCAUGUUCUAUAUAUAUUUGACUUAAGUGUUUUGCUGCUGGUCCAUUUUUCCUUUACUGCUUUUUUAAACUAUUAAAUUCAUACAAGCUGUUUUCCCCUUAUCCAUUAACUAUGUUCAUGCUUGCAACAAAUUACUGUGGUUUUGUUUGCAAAACAUAGUCUGUGUUAUGUCAGUUUUUUUGACAGUGAAGUUGCUAAAUUUUAAUUGCGUACAGAAUAGGUUUUAUGGUUCCAAAAUGAUUUAUACCUAAAUGUGUUGUAAUUAUUCAAAUAACAUUGCUGAAGUGAGUGAUUUAUAAGCUAAUGUUAAUUACACAAUUUUCUAAUUCUGACAUGUUCAUGUAGUUUGAUGUUAAUGGUAAAGAUAAAAAAUGAAAGCACCUGUUUCAGAAGUAACUGUCAGCCUGAACGAUGAAAGCUUUUCCCUUGUAAAUAUUUUAAAUAAAAGUUGCUGCUAAGCAUGUUA